AUGACAUCCAAUUCUCCGGAUGAGGCUAUACACUUUCGGGGGAAGACCCUUACUCCCGAGAGUCCACGUCCGCUUCACAUCCCAGAGCCUUCGAACAUUCCCGUUUUAAAAAACCAGAUGGACCCAGUAUUCAACGAUACAUCGACAUACGAAAACCCUUCUCCAUACCAAGAUGAUGAGCAACCCUCCCAGCCAGAGUCAGACAGCGAAUUAUACAAAAGCGCCAAUGAAGAUGAAAAUAAGAAACAAGCAGCACUUCUGGGAACCGUGAAUGUCCACAGCACUUUAGAUGCCCAGUCCGCUGCAGCGCAAAUCCCACUUUCGACUCAACCCAAUGCUGCUCCGUAUCAUCAGAUGGGUGUUCCAAGUACCGUGGCUAGUACGAACAUGCUGCACCCUUCCAUGGCUAAUCCUGAAAUCGUUGCUGCUCCGAGUAACAGUGCACAAGCCGAAGCGGGCGUUGACCUUCAAAAUCUGCUUGAUAAUCUUUCCCCAUCCACGUCUACUGCCCCCUCUGGCCCAGUGGUAACUGCUACUACUUCAUCUCCCGCUGAUAACCCCCUUCUCCAAGAUCAUAAAAAUCCUCAGUCUUCCGCAGUACCAGAUCAUAGCUAUGCGUUGUCUGCAGGUCUCCCACCCCGACCACCAACCCAACAGAUGCCAGAAUUAAACCCAAAUUACCCAUCUACGGCAGAUAUUAGUGAUUAUCAUCCCCUGAGCAUACAGGGUUCGAACACGUCCUAUGUACCGCAACCGCAAGGUCACGAUCAACACUCAAAUGCCUCUAUAUUCGUACCUGGAGUAGCGCCAGGUACAUCAUCAGGAGCAAAUGGGCUACCUCCACCUCCUUUAGCGACAUUCCAGCAAUUUCAGUCACAGCCGAAGUCAGUCUCUGCACCGGAAGCUACCGCUCAAUCAAGCCAUAAGAGCUCCAGAUCUGAAAGAUACAAUGCAAGAACCGGGGGUUCCCCUGAUGACGAUGUUUUUUGGGGAGAUGAAAUACAGAAGAUCUAUGAUGAGUUCCUCCGUGAGGAGCGUGCAUACGUAACUGAAGGCUUGUGGGACCGCUUUCCUUACGGUUCUAGACUCUUUGUUGGCAACCUACCCAGUGAGCGAGUAACUAAACGUGAUUUGUUUCAUGUUUUCCACAAGUACGGAAAACUCGCUCAGAUUUCUAUCAAGCAAGCUUACGGCUUUAUUCAGUUUCUUGAUGCAGAGUCAUGCCACCAGGCUUUGCAGGCUGAGCAAGGAGGUCUUGUUAGAGGCAGGAAGAUUCCACCCGACCAGGGCCAAGCCAUCCUGAGCCUGGACGUCAACCGUUGCCAAGGCGUUCUAGGUCACCACCGGACUACUCUCGCGGCGGACCCUCCAAUGGACGUGGAUUGCGCAAUCAAGGCAAUGACCGCCACGAUCGUUCCUAUGAAAACAAGAGAGGAAGUUUCAGUGACUUCAGAGAUGAUAAGGCCCCCCGACGUCGUGACGAUUACCGACCUCCUAGGUCACCAUCUCCUCGUGCUUUCCGUAACCGGGACAGUGGUUUUCGUUCAAGAGAUCGAACCCCAGACAGAUUUGAGCGACGUGAUAGACGCAGAUCGCGAUCUCCUUACAGUAGAGAUAGACGACAUCGAAGCCCCAGCCCACGAGCACGCCCGGGACUUACAGAUCCUGGCAGCCGACGAUGUCGAUAUGGGCUUUGCAUACCACGUUGAGAAUUCAUUCAAAACCCGAGGACUUCGGACUGACAUUUUGGUGCUUUCUCGUGUUCCCGUGGAUGUGGCAAUCCAAAGACAGAUGGAAGAAGGCGUUUUCGCUGUGAUAAGGCUCACGAGAAGUCAGCAAUACUCCGGAAAGGUCACACUAUUGAUGUUUGACCGUAGCGCAGGGGGUGCUAGCAAGCCUCGUUCAAUGGCAGUCGAAAUGACUGUACAGAUGCAUGCUGUGCGCCGAGCUGGAGUUGCUCCAAACUUCUAUACUCCGAACCCAACUUACCCUGUACCCUCUUUGCCGAACCAGUUCCCUCAGCCGAUGCCUCAUGCACAGCCAGCGAUGCCAGCACCCCAGUCAAAUCAAUUUGCAAACCUCAUUCAAACGCUCGAUGGGCCGGCAUUACAAUCACUGCUGAACACACUUCAACAAACACAACACGUUCCGCAGGCAGCUAUUCCCUCACUACCCAUGGCGCCGAACGCCUCGAAUCCAGUUGACCUUGCAAGUCUCCUGAGCAAUGCCCAACGCCAACAGUACCCUCUUGCGGCAGCUCAAAACCAAGGUCCCCAGCCUCAGGCUACGAAUCCCUUUGGUCUUCCACUCUCCGCUCAACCCAGCAAUCGAUUGGAUCCAAAUCUCCUCGCAUUGUUAGCGAAAGGGGCGGCAAAUGGAGGCCCGAUCCAGGGAGGCCAAGCAGCGGUUGGCCCUCAUGUGCAAAACAUUGUCAACCAACUCGCCAAGUGGAAGCAAUAA